AUUGAAAUAGAAAAGAAUGACAUGCUUUUGGGUAAAGAUAUUUAUAACCAGUCAGCUACUAAGACAAAACCAAAAGUGCCUUUUCAUCAGGGUAUUAUUACAGAAGAUGUUGAUAGGAUUGUAAAUAGUAGGAUUCAGGCAUUACAGCAAUCAACGCUAAAUCAAUCACCAGCAUCUUCUUCCGGUCAGGAAAAUAUUACUAAGGCUGAUUUACAAGCUGUAGCUAAAUCCUUGCAAGAAACUAUGUCUCGAGUGACUAAAACUCUAGAUAAUAGUAAAAAAUCAGCUGAUAAAAAAGCCACAAAUGUUCCAAGUGCGGAAAGUCUGGUCACAAUUCUCGAAACUGCCCUUGAAAGAAGAAAAAGAAAAGCAAGAAGUCUAGAAAGG